AUGCGGUUUAGUUUCGAUGAACUUUACGGCAUUGAAAGCCCGGAAUUGUGGGAUGCAGAGGAAUAUUCAAUCAUCGAAAGUGACGAUGAGCUCAUCCCGCGAUUAAGAAUCCCGAGACAGCUUGAGAAGUUCGAUGAAGAGGACGGUGAACACAGCCUGAAGGACCAAUUGGAAGACGAGAAUUUGGCGCUUUGGGUAGCCAAUCUUGAUUUGACCGCUAAGCUUCCAGGUUCCUGUAAGCUAGGUAAUAUUAUUACAACAAGAAUACCUAGACAUGAGGGACUGGUAUUGAAACCGUUGAUCACUGAUAUCAAUGAAGAAAGAGAAGAUGUACAGACUGAACCAGUCAAUGCUGCAUUCACAGAACUGCAAGAUGCUAUGACGAGGGAGAUCCUGCGAAAAGUGGAAACUUUGCAAGAGAAAAACGAUGAGCAAGUUCGAAAUGUCCAAGCCGAGAAACUAAGGAAACAGGAAGAGCAACGAAGGCGCGAAAAGGAACAGCGGGACCGUGAGCAUGAAGAAAAACGGCAAAGGGAAGAACAGGAGCGCUUGAAACGUGAACAGGAGGAAGAACAACGCAGACAAGAUGAGGCAAAGAAGAAACAAGCGGCAAUGGAGGCCAAGGCUAGAGAGGAAGAGCGUUUGAAGCAAGAGAAACUGGCAGCACAAAAAGAGAUUGAGGCUGCUGAGAAGCGCGCACGCGAAGACGCUGCAAGGGGUAGAGGAAUCACCAAUUUCAGCGAUAUACAAGCGUCUUUCCACCAUUACAAACACAAGAUAAAGCAGAUAAAACACGAAGUGGUAGAACCAGUGAAGAAGGAUGCAAAUCUGAAGUCUAUUUUAUCGAAGCACAAGCGCAAGAUCAAUCCCAAAUUCGGCCAAUUAACCAAUAGUGAGACACAUUUGCAUUCGAUCAUACUGGAAAUGACCUCGCUAGUAGACCAAACAAAACCAAACAACCUAGGAUAUCAAUGGAUUUUGAAUUUCAUAGCAAAAGCACUCGUGUCGCAGGCCGAAACGGAGGUUCGGGUUAAGCCCGAAAGCGCAUUGCCAUUAGCGAAGUUGGCUUUGACGCUGCUAGCACAGUAUCCGGAGUUAUUGGAGCUGUUGAUGGCGAGAUUUGUCAAAAAAUGUCCCUUCGUGAUAGGGUUUUCAUGUGCCAUUGAUUCAGAGACUGGACGUUACAAUAUGGGUUGGAAACGUAGCCAGGACAACACCUGGGAGGAAGAAACCUCUUACGACGAACGUAUGGGUGGAAUUGUGACACUUUUUGCAACAAUAACACGUUUGCCAUUGCCUGCAGACCUUAUCGGGAAGUUAGAGCACCCAUUGCCCAUUCAGCGCUCGUGGCAGUUGGUAGCUCGAGUGGCAAACACCUCUUUACAGUUACUGAACAACACCCAUUUUGUAGUACUUGGGUGUUGGUGGGAUGCGGCAGCGGCCCAGCUACUGCAAGCCUAUGCAAGACAAGGUCACAAAUUACUGGCGCUGAUUUCAACGGAUCUGACAAGUUCAGUGGCAGAACGGCGCUAUGUGGGGGCUGCCAGAUUACGGAUUUUGUUUGAAGAGUAUGAGUCGACCGGGAGACCAAAGAGUUUUCCUGAAAUGAAAAUCGACUGA